CUCCUGGCCGCACACAUCUUGUUGAGCGCCGCAGCGUCGCUGUCGUUGUCGAAGCUCCGACACGGUGACGCGUAUGGACCGGUAACAACCCCCUGGACUCCUCUCUGCGCCUCCUUCCCAACCGACGAGUCCAAUUUCCGCCACCUUUCCCGGGCCCUCUCUCCUUUGCGCGGGGGGGCUAAGAGGAGAAAAGCGGGGCUUGGUGCGGCGAAGACGGCGAAGUGUCCUCGAUGGCAGGCUGGAAGGACGGCUCGGUCCAGGAGAAGUACCGGCUGGUUGUCGUGGGCGGCGGCGGUGUCGGCAAAUCGGCCCUGACGAUCCAGUUUAUUCAGUCCUACUUUGUCACCGACUAUGACCCUACGAUUGAAGACUCUUACACCAAGCAGUGUGUGAUUGACGAAAGGGCAGCCAGGUUGGACAUUCUUGACACGGCUGGGCAGGAAGAGUUUGGAGCCAUGAGAGAACAAUACAUGAGGACAGGGGAGGGCUUCCUGCUUGUCUUCUCUGUCACUGACAGAGGAAGCUUUGAAGAAAUCUACAAAUUCCAAAGGCAAAUCCUGCGAGUCAAAGACCGAGAUGAAUUCCCCAUGAUCCUUGUAGGAAACAAAGCAGAUCUUGAACUACAGAGACAAGUAACCCAAGAGGAGGGCCAGCAGCUGGCCAGACAGUUAAAGGUCACAUACAUGGAGGCUUCAGCCAAAAUCCGCAUGAACGUCGACCAGGCUUUCCAUGAACUUGUUCGAGUAAUCAGAAAGUUCCAAGAGCAGGAAUGUCCACCGUCGCCAGAGCCGACAAGAAAAGAGAAGGACAAACGUGGCUGCCAUUGCGUGAUCGUCUGAGUCGGCCUUAUCACUGUAACUCAUGACCGCUGCUCUCUUGUCUGUUGCCCCGCCCACUCUGCCUGACAUCACGUCCCGGAGUGGAUGACUGACCGCUGCCUUCUCCACGUGCAUGACUCCAGAUGGCUCCGCCUCUAGGAUAUUGGGGUUGGGGGCGUGGGGCGGCUGUCCCCAGGACAUCACCAUGGACAACUGACAAUGCCAAAAUCUGAACACCACUCUACCUUCAGCCAUAGUCCAUAUUCACACGAGAGAGUCCCGACACUUAACAUUGCCUUCUGACCAAUAUAUGUUUUGUACUCUGGAGGACUUCUCUUGCCUUGUAGUGAUUUGUACUUGCUGCUGAGAUUGAAUGAAAAAAAAAAACCUAAACAAAACAAAAAAAGACGUAACCCGAAUGUUAACAAGUGGAACGGAGAGAUUUAUCUUAUGGAGCUUUGUUUAUGUUGUGCCAUCUUUUCUUCCAUGUGCUAAUCUGCUACUGUACAUAUGUGACAUUUGUUGUGAUUUAUAAAGUGUACUUCUAAUGACUAUUAAAUCACCACAGUACGGUG